UUGAGAAUACCCCCCCAAAGCACCGAAGGCCACAGUCGCAGUGCAGCCCAUUGACGGAAGGAAGCCGAGGAGUGUUUGGGGGUCUUUGUGCCCGCUCCCCCGUCACUAGGCGACAGAGUGAGGAGGGCCGGGAGAUGGACUCUGACCCCACGGGACGGGGCCUGUACGAGGAGGAGGACGAGGACGAGGACGAGGCCCUGCAGCGCGUCAUCGAGCAGAGCCUGCUGGACUGCGUGAAGCCCGGGGCCCGGGAGGAUGCCUCCCCGGAGGCCCCCCGCAGGGUCAGUGCAAAGACGGAAAAAGACAAGAUCUUCACGGCCAUAAGAACAGGUGAGACGGGAGCCCUGCGCAGGCUGGUCUCCCGGCAGCAGGCCUUCGGGGAGGCAGACAGCCGGGGCUGGCUCCCGCUGCACGAGGCCGCGGUUCGGGGGAACAAGGCCAUCCUGGAGAUGACCUUCGCAGCAUCCCCUGCAGGGUCGGAGCAGGUGCAGACCCCCCAGGGCAAGACGCCCCUCUUCCUGGCCGUGGAGCAGGGCCUGGAGGAGAACGCCAGCUUCCUGCUGCAGAACGGAAGCUGCCCAGACAGCCAGGACGAGGACGAGGACUCCCCUCUUAUCGCAGCGAUAAAGACCGAUCAGUACGACAUGGCGGUGCUCCUGCUGAGCCGCCACGCCAAAGUGAACCAGGAGGGGGCGCACCGGAGGACCCCGCUGCACGAGGCCGCUCGCCUGGGCCAGGAGAAGGCCGUGCAGCUGCUCCUGCAGGCCGGCGCGGAGCCAGACCCCCGCAGCGCCUUCGGCCUCACCCCCCUGGCCCUGGCAGCGCAGGGCGGACACCUGGACGUCGUGCGGGUCCUGCUCGGAAAAGGGGCUGAUGUGGAGUCUCAGGCACUGGACUCUGCCACCAUCCUGUUUGAGGCGUGUGUCUCUGGGAACCCUGCAGUGAUAUCCCUGCUGCUGGAUCACGGUGCAGACCCCAACACACCCAACAACACAGGGCACCUGCCCAUCCACCGUGUGGCUCACCGAGGCCACCUGGAAGCUCUGGAGCUCCUGACCCCGGUGACGACCUUCGAGGCAGUGGAGGACAGUGGCAUGAGCCCCCUGCACUCGGCGGCCGCCGGGGGCCACCCGGAGUGCCUGGAGCUGCUGCUGACCGCCGGCUACGACCCCAACUACAUGCUGGAGCCAUGGGUGCGCCGCAACUACCACGACCAGCGCAAGUCGGCGCUGUUCUUCGCCGUCACCAACGGCGACCUGCGCUGCACGCAGCUGCUGCUGGAGGCCGGUGCCAUGCCCAACCAGGACCCCGUCAAGUGCCUGCAGGUGGCGCUGCGCCUGGGCGACCCCGCCCUCGUGCACACGCUGCUGCGCCACGGCGCCAACGUCAACUACUACUCCCGCGUGAACCCCACGCACUUCCCCUCCGCGCUGCACUACGCCAUGAAGGACGAGGCCCUGCUGCGCAUGCUGCUCAACUACGGCUACGACGCCAGCCUCUGCUUCGAGUGCCCGCACGGCCAGGGCUCCCACGUGCCCAGCGACUACGAGGGCUGGACCCCCUCCGUCAUCAAGGACACCAUGUUCUGCGAGGUGGUCACGGUGUUCUGGCUGAGGGAUAUCUCCGCUCACCUGGUGCGCAUCAUGCUGGACUACCUCGACCACGUCACGCUCUGCUCCAAGCUGAAGACCGCUCUCAUGGAGCAGGAGGAGUGGCCGGACAUCUGCAGGAUUCAAGAGAACGCCCGCAGUCUGCAGCACCUGUGCAGGCUGAAGAUCCGGUGCUGCCUGGGCCGGCUGCGUCUCCGGGCCCCCGUGUUCAUGAGCUUCCUCCCGCUGCCGGACCGGCUCAAGGACUACGUCCGGUACCGCGAGUACGACUUCUACAGCCAGGGCCGACCGGCAGGAGCACAGGGACCCGCCUGAGUGUGUGCAAACACACACACACACACACACACACACACAUACACACAUGCACACAUGCACACACGCACACACACACACACAUACACACGCACACACACACACACACGCACGCACACACACACACAUGCACACACACACGCACACACACACACACACGCACACACACACAUACACACGCACACACACACACAUGCACACACGCACACACACACAUACACACGCACACACACACACAUACACACGCACGCACACACACACACAUGCACACACACACGCACACACACACACACACGCACGCACACACACACACACGCACGCACACACACACAUACACGCACGCACACGCACACACACACUUAUGCACAUACAGGCGGACCACAGUGACCUGCCUGCAUGCACACAGACACACACACACACACACACACACAGACACACACAUACACACAUACACAGACACACACAUGCACACACACACACGCACAUGCACACACUUAUGCACAUACAUGCAGACCACAGUGACCUGCCUGCAUGCACACAUACACACACACACACACACACACAGACACACACAUGCACACACACACACGCACAUGCACACACUUAUGCACCUAUGUACAAACUCUGAUCGGAUACACACCCACAACUAUGUGGACCAUAUCCGUGCCUCAAAUAUCAAUGCGUCUCGCAGAAAAUACAAUCAAAGCACAUUUUGCCGGAUCCAAAGGUUUGUACUGCUUUAGUAUGGCUUGAGAGAAGGAUACUUCAGCAAUGCUUUUCAGCUAAUCCUGCUGCUUGAAUAUUCUUAUUUCACAUGCCAUUAUUCAUGAACAUUUGCACGCUAUUAAUUCUGAAUAAACUCAGUGUCAGGACUAACCCAGGGGUUCCCAAACGUUUUUCUGAUCUGACCUCAAAUGGAUGUUCACAAACUUAUAGGACUUACUUUUUUUUAUUGUUGUUUUUUUGUUUUGUCCUGUGGCUAAUUUUUGUUAUGGAGGGUGGCAGACGGCACAAUUUGAAAUGCAAUUUGUUUCCAUCUUUAGACAGGCCUACAUUUUCACAUUUUGUUUUGUCUUUUUAAUUGUUCCUGAGGUAUUGCCUAUUAUGUUGAAUAUGUUGUUUGUUUCAUUGUGAAAUAAAAUCGCAUU